ACGAGGGCCGCCUUUUAAUUGGCUCUUUUUAUGCCGGAGGAGCACAGCGUUGAUGUCCGAAAGGAGGAGGACUUUUAAAACAAUGGAACCAGAACUCAAGCGGCGGAAAGGCGAGGCGUGCGACCCCGACUCCUGGACUGCGUACCCAGUCCUCUCGGACGAGCAGACGCAAGCCGUAGAGCUGAUUGAUGCCUUCGCUGCACCCGUCCUCGACAAGCGAGCGGCGUCCCGACUGGUUCGAGAGCUCAACAGCCUCUACCCCUUGACAGGCCUCCAACACGUCAAGAGGGUCCGGGCGACCAAGGCAGAGGAAGGUCUCCCUCACUUUCUGGAGAUCCUCCUGUGUUUGGUCAGUGAAGUGCCAGACUCAGAUUUGUUCAGCGUUAGAUGCGACGGAUUGGGCGAUCCCUUCGUGGUCAAGGUUCCUGCUCGCCCCCCUUUGACCAGACCCCAAUUUGAGCUGGCAAGCAAGCACUGGCCCACGUCCUUCCACGAAGACAAGCAGGUGACCGACGCCCUCCGAGGAGAGUCUUUCAGCCCGGGCCAGAAAGCCCAGAUGCACACGUACAUGUCGGCGGCCCUGGCUGCAGCCCAAGAAGGGAAGGCCUUGGGGAUGGAGGCUGUGGGGGCCGCUGUGGUGGAUCCGGUCUCUGAAAAGAUAGUCGCGGUGGGCCAUGAUUGUCGAGGGCAACACCCGCUGCAUCACGCCGUCAUGGUGUGCAUUGACCUGGUGGCCCGUGGACAAGGUGGCGGCUGCUACCGGUUGGACUUGUACCCCGCUUGUCGCUCAAUUUUGACGCCUGUCUCGGACUCUGCGCAGCAGCCGUACAUCUGCACUGGGUACGACCUGUAUGUCACCAGAGAGCCGUGCGUCAUGUGCGCUAUGGCACUGGUCCACUCGCGGAUAGGUCGCGUGUUCUACGGUGCGGCCUUUGCUGACGGAGCCCUGGGGAGUAAGUACAAAAUCCACACACAGAAAGACCUGAACCACCGUUUUGAGGUUUACAAAGGAGUCAUGAGCCAACAGUGUGAGGAGCUCAACAGUAGGUCUCUUUGA